GCCGGCGCAGGCCCCGCCCCCUCACUGGGCCACGCCCCCUGGUCGGGCCCCGCCUCGCCGCCGCCACAGGAUGCGGGCCCUGCGCGCCGGGCACUAGACCUCUAGUGCAGCCCGAGGCGGCGGCGGCAGCAUGGAGGGCGAGAGCACGUCGGCGGUGCUCUCGGGCUUUGUGCUCGGCGCACUCGCCUUCCAGCACCUCAACACGGACUCGGACACGGAAGGUUUUCUUCUUGGGGAAGUUAAAGGUGAAGCCAAGAACAGCAUUACUGAUUCCCAAAUGGAUGAUGUUGAAGUUGUGUAUACGAUUGACAUUCAGAAAUAUAUUCCAUGCUAUCAGCUUUUUAGCUUUUAUAAUUCUUCAGGUGAAAUAAAUGAGCAAGCACUGAAGAAAAUAUUAUCAAAUGUCAAAAAGAAUGUGGUAGGUUGGUACAAAUUCCGUCGUCAUUCAGAUCAGAUCAUGGCUUUUAGAGAGAGGCUGCUUCACAAAAACUUGCAGGAGCAUUUUUCUAACCAAGACCUUGUUUUUCUGCUAUUAACACCAAGUAUAAUAACAGAAAGCUGCUCUACUCAUCGACUGGAACAUGCCUUAUAUAAACCUCAAAAAGGCCUUUUUCACAGGAUACCUUUAGUGGUUGCCAAUCUGGGCAUGUCUGAACAACUAGGUUAUAAAACUGUAUCAGGUUCCUGUAUGUCCACCGGUUUUAGCCGAGCAGUACAAACACACAGCUCUAAAUUUUUUGAAGAAGAUGGAUCCUUGAAGGAGGUACAUAAGAUAAACGAAAUGUAUGCUUCAUUACAAGAGGAAUUAAAGAGUAUAUGCAAAAAAGUGGAAGACAGUGAACAAGCAGUAGAUAAACUAGUAAAGGAUGUAAAUAGAUUAAAACAAGAAAUUGAAAAAAGGAGACGAGCACAGAUUCAGGCAGCACGAGAGAAGAACAUCCAAAAAGACCCUCAGGAGAACAUUUUUCUUUGUCAAGCAUUGCGGACCUUUUUUCCAGAUUCUGAAUUUCUUCAUUCAUGUGUUAUGUCUUUAAAAAAUAGACAUGUUUCUAAAAGUAGCUGUAACAACCACCACCAUCUUGAUGUAGCAGACAAUCUGACCUUAAUGGUAGAACACACAGACAUUCCUGAAGCUAGUCCAGCUAGUACACCACAAAUGAUUAAGCAUAAAGCCUCAGACUUAGAUGACAGAUGGCAAUUCAAGAGAUCACGGCUGUUAGAUACACGAGACAAGCCAUCUAAAACAGAUAGUGACGGUAAUAACCAAGAAAAAGCAUCGAAAAUGAGCAGCCCAGAAACAGAUGAAGAGAUUGAAAAGAUGAAGGGUUUUGAUGAAUAUUCACGGUCUCCUACAUUUUGAUCCUUUUAACCUUAAAAGCGUUUUUUUGUUUUUGUUUUUUUUUUUUAAUUUGGCUGAUGUGUAAAGCCAAACUUUUCUAUUUUUACUAUGGUGGAGCUACUUGCAGUAAUCCAGAUUUCAUUUGUUUUCACUAUGUUCACCUGUUUGCAGUAAUAUACAGCUAAGUCUUAGUGCAUUUAUUUUACAAAGUACUUUUUCAAACAUCAGAUGCUUUUAUUUCCAAACCUUUUUUCACCUUUCACUAAGUUGUUGAGGGAAAGGCUUACACAGACACAUUCUUUAGAAUUGGAAAAGUAAGACCAGGCACAGUGGUUCACACCUGUAAUCCCAACACUGAGGGAAGACAAGGCAGGAAGAUUGAUUGAGGCCAGGAGUUAGAGACCAGCCUGGGUAAUGUACUGACCCUCUCUGUUAAAAAAGAAAAAUAUUGGAAAAGCAAGAAUAGCCUUAUUUUCACAAUUUGGAAAGAAAUUUAUAUGAAAAUUUAAGUCAUUAAAAUUCUUAAGUGGUAAUUUUUUAUAAGCACAUUAUGGCUAGAGUUGCCAGAUAAAAUGCUGGAUACCACGCAAUAAAUUUGCAAAAUGUGAUCUAAAAUUUAAAUUUGUCCUACAUUUGUACUUGCUAAAUUUGGCAGCCUUAAUUAUUACACAACUAUAACACAACACAAACAGUAAUCUCUCCUCUAGUUUAGAGUCCUCUGCAUGAAAUUUAGCAAAUCCAUAAUUUUGAGUUCAGUAUAAGCCUGGUAAUCCAGUGUGUUUGGGAUAGGCCAGGGAACUCAGAACUGAUACCUAUAUACAUAGAUGUCUAUCACAUUCAAUGUCUGUUAGGCCUAAAUCAUCUCUUUAUGUAAAAGACACUACUGGUUUGAGGAUAGACUUAUCUAGGAAUAUUUUGUCCUCCUUUGACAGCACCACUAUCUGUCCCAAUGUAACAUUUCUACAAAGGGAAGAUCGCUUAACCAGGCAUACUUAGAUUUGCUAGUUCGAAUAUCAUUCUGAGCAGUUUUAACUCCAUUCAGCUGAACAGUAUGUUUUUCUAUGAGCUACUUGGGGACCAGAUAUAAAUGACAAUCACACAGAACCACUUUUAUUCAACAUGUAAAAUGUGAUGAGUGUUAACAUUUUAAAUAAGUGAUGUGCUUAAUGGACACUGGUAUGAAGGGGCAGUGUCAUUCCUUACCUCACUACUGAAACACUUUUCUAUCCAAAGGUUGGUUUGAGUCAGUAUUGGCAUCAUACAACCAUGUAUUGUAAGGUAAGUUUAUUGGUGGUAACGUGAUAGAAUUUAUUCCCGAUAUCUGAUAUUGCAAACUUUAGGGUCCUUGAGAUAUGCAGGAUCCUUGUAUGUAACUGGCAUAAACCCUGUAAAGAGAUAAGUAAAGUUCUUGACAAAACAUAAUGAGCAAACUUUCAGCUAACUCAAUUCAGUUGUUGAGGUGCUCUUUCUUACCCAAUACUUGAGCUCUCUUAAUUGCUUUUGUGAUUUCUUUCUGUUUCUUCCCACAAAGACCUGUAAAAUAAAAAAUAAUCUUAUUCAUAAAAA